AUGGAUUUUGCUCAAUUUAGAAGUCAGAGUUCUUCAAAACGCCCUAGGAGAUCCGAGCUCGAUAGUUAUUUGGAUGAUGAUGUGCUUCCUGAUUUGGAGAAUAAGGAGUUUGACAUCUUGGCUUGGUGGAAGAGCAAUGCAGCAGUCUAUCCUAUACUAUCAAGAAUGGCUCGAGAUGUUCUAGCUAUUCCAGUCUCCACUGUUUCAUCUGAGUCGGCAUUCAGCACUGGUGGUAGAGUUGUGGAUCAGUAUCGAAGCUCUUUGAGCCCUUCUACCGUAGAAGCCUUAGUUUGUACCCAAGAUUGGCUUCGUGAACAAUAUGAUGAAGUUGCAAAUUGCUCGAGUUCUGUAACGUUGAAUGUAGAUGACGACACCCUGGACUCCUGGAGUGGGCAAUUUGGGAGAACUGAAUGACGAUACCCUCAUCAGAUCUAGUUCAUACCUAAAGUAUCAAGUAUG